AUCUAAUUUACUUAAUUUUUGCCGAGAAAUGAUUUGAUAUUGAUUUAAAAACGUCUGCAUUUGGCAUUUAAUUCAUAUCCAGGCUGGCUUUGUAAUAUUUGGUGCGUGACUGCUUUGCAGACGGCCUGGAACGCGGCCGCCAUUUUUGAGCUGUGCGUUUAGUAGCCAUAGGCUACGUCAGAGUGCCAGAUUACUGAUGGCGCAGGAGGCGGACAUAAUGAUUAAUUAUCACGGCGGAUUCGAAAAAUUAGACCGGAAAAACAGCCGUUAUCCUUAUUGUAUCGUUUGGACACCUAUUCCAAUACUGUCGUGGUUGCUCCCCUUCAUUGGUCACAUGGGGAUCUGUACUUCUGCAGGCGUGAUAAGAGACUUCGCUGGAUCGUACUUAGUGUCUGAAGAUAAUAUGGCCUUUGGAAGACCAACAAAGUACUGGAAGCUUGAUGUUGAUAAGGUGUGUGGCACUGGCUCAGCUGCCUGGGACAAAGCAGUGCACGAUGCAUCGGAGGAGUACAAAUGCAGGCCGCACAACCUCUGCUGUGAUAACUGCCACUCCCACGUGGCCCGGGCCCUCAACCUCAUGCGCUACGACAACAGAACGUCCUGGAACAUGGUCAACCUAUGCCUGCAGACCCUUAUCCAUGGCAGGCAUGUCAGCUGUGUGUCGUUCCUCAAGACCUGGCUGCCCUUCCUCAUGCUGACUGGAGCCCUUGUCACCUUCAUCCUAACACUCAACCUGCACUGACCAUGCGAGGGAGAUGGAGGAGGGGAGAGAUAAUACAAGGGCUUUUCCUGCUCAGUUGUAAUCAUGAAAGUGAAUGAAGAAGAGGAAUGUUCCGAUGGGACACUUCUUUGUGCAGUACUAAUAUCCACACUCUCCGACAUCCAUCAGAAAGAAAGGGUCUCAUGAGGGCAGUUAUGUCCAGCUGUUCUGGCUUGUUUUGAAGUACCUUUUACUCGAUAACAGAAAGGAAUGUCGUAUAAAUGAAUGUUUGGCUUGGGAUAGUCAUAACCACAAAUAUAUAACUGAUAUAGCGUCUGCUAAAUGACAAGAAUUUGAACGUAAAUAUAUUGUCUAUGGUCAUAAGUUCA